UUCGUCAAGUUUCCAGAAAUGAUUUUCUCUCGAUUAGUCAGGGUCGCCGCCACAUCUCUGUCAUCCACCGUCGCCCCUUCGGUUUCGUCUCCUCGUAAUGUCUCUUUCAGCUCCGCCGCAGCGCGGAACCGGAACUUUAACAGUCCAACGAAUCGAUCGGGUAACGAGUUAUACCGCCGAAUUUCGCCAGUGGGAGAUCCUAGGGUCUCUAUCGUUCCGAUUCUCGAUAGCUGGAUAGAGGAAGGAAGAUCCGUUGCGAAGCAACAACUCGUUUCUUACAUUAAAGAACUUCGCUACUACGGCCGCCACUAUCACGCCCUCGAGAUUUCAAAGUGGAUGACAGACAAAAGGCACCUCGACCUCACAUCAAGAGAUGCUGCUAUGAGACUCGACUUGAUAGCAAGGGUCAACGGGAUAAAACAAGCAGAACAGUAUUUCGAUGGACUAUCGGGGCAGCUCGAAGGGAUCAAUACUUAUGGAGCACUUGUAAACUGUUAUUGUCGUGCUCAGUCUGUGGAGAAGGCAGAGGAAAUCAUGCAGAAGAUGAGAGACCUAGGCAUUGCCAACUCGAUCCUCACUUACAACACUAUGCUUGGUCUUUAUCAUCGAGUUGAAAACAAAGAGAAAUUUGAUGCUCUCGUCAAGGAAAUCGAUGAUAGUGGCAUCUCCUUCGAUGCAAUGACUUAUAACAUACUAAUAUCUUCAUAUGGUGCUGUUCUUGAUGUGAAUGGAAUGGAGCAAAUCCUGAUAAGGAUGAAAUCCAACCCAGACGUCAAUCCAGACUGGGCCGUUUACAACAAUGCAGCAACCAUUUACAGGAAAUCUGGGAUGAAGAAGAAGGCAAUUGAAAUGCUGGAGAAAGCCGAGGGGCUCAUCACAAAGAAAAAGGACAUUCAAGCUUAUUAUUACCUCAUCACCAACUAUGCUGCCAUGGGGGAGAAAUCUAGAGUCGUGGGAGUUUGGGAACUUUUCAAGAAGAAUGGGAAGGUUCUCAAUAAGGGAUAUAUGGACGUGAUAAGUUCUCUAUUGAAGUUGGAAGAUUUUGAGACUGCAGAGAAGAUAUUUGAUGAGUGGGAAUCCCAGAAUUUGUCUUAUGAUGUCCGUAUACCCAACAUUUUGAUUGGUGCUUACUCAAGAAGCGGUCUCAUGGAAAAGGCAGAAACAAUGGUCGAGAGGGUAAUAAAGAAAGCAGGUGAGCCCCAUGCAAAUUCUUGGCUUAACCUGGCAAUAGGUUACCUCAAACUUGGUCAAACUUACAAGGCCAUGGAAACCAUGAAGAGAGCUGUGAAUGGUUCUAAGUCGGGUUGGAGGCCCGACCCUAGGGCUUUGGAAGACUUUCUGGGGCAGUUAAAGGAGACAGGAGUUUGCUUGGAGGAAGUAAAAGAACUGAUCCAGUUACUAACUGACACCAAUGUUGUACCCGUAACAGUUGGAGACAGGUUUUUGAUGAAUCUUCCUUUGAAUGGUGUUAAUGCAUGAGUUUGAUGGAGAUGCCAAUACAUUGGAGAGAUUCCCAGGACAAACGUUAUUUCCCAAAGAAGCAGAUUUGGGAAUGUAUGGUACUUCUCAAGAUCCAUGGACGUUUGGCAGGCGCAAUAUUAGCAGAUUUCAGCAAUGGAUGAACUGCAGGGAAAGAAGUGAGGUUUUGGUGUUCCAAAUUGGUGUCUAUUGUGUUGAGCAGGUUUGGUGACUACCACUCACAUCUUACUCUCAUGACAUUAUGCUUGGAGCACUAUGCAUGUCCAAGAAUGUUGGAAGCUCCAUUGUUAUAAUACCUCUCACUCGCCUAACUUUCCUUUUAGAUCUGAAAAUUCAUUUUACAAGUAGCCAUGCCAUUGUUAUAAUAUCACUUUUAUCUGAAAAAGAGUUAACUUUUUUCCUCUCUCGCUGAAUGUGUAUCUGUUGAAUGUUGAUAGCUCGUGAUAUUCAAGAGUGAUAUCCGAGAGUGAGCUGACAAACAUCCACACAUUUACAACUUUUGAGUUCAAAUAUACUACCACUGCCUAUACUGCUUUUUACAAUAUAGCGAAAAACAAAAAUCUAAACCUGCAACCCUGAAUUACCAAGAUCAGCAGAUAAGCUCUCUUUCAAGUUUCAGCUCCUUAAGUCCCUGCAAGUUGUGACCAAUAGAGUCAGCCUAGCCAUUUUCAGUUUGCAUUCCACUUCCAUAUAAUCUUGUGCAACGUUCCUUCCAUAACUCACUCACUACAAGGCACCAUAAUCUUUUUGCUAGUCGACUUGCAGCAGCCAAGUUAAGUUCCCAGUCCCCAUUGCCAAUCGGCUUGACCCCUAAACUUAUGGGAGUAGGGACAAGCAAAAAAACAAAUGCUGUCUUGUCUCUUAUCCCCCUCUGCACAACAUACAAUCAGGGGAAACAUGUUUACCCCAAGGAAUCAACUACUCCUUAGUAGUUAUACGUCCUAGAAUCACUACCCAAGCUAGAAUGCUGGGAUAUCAAGGCCUUCCCCAACACUCUCCUCUAACCUCACACUCCUCUUCCUCAUUAGCAUCCUAACACCCUUACCCUGCCGCUGACCACGUCGUGGAGCUUAGUAGAAACGCCCUGCACAGUCUCUCUGGAUCCCGGUCGAAGCGUGUGACAACUCACUAAAACUGGCGCUGUCUGUGGGAGGAUCGCCUCGUGGAAGGCGGUCCUCAAAGUCAGCUGACUAGUAAUCCGCAGACUGAUUGGCAAUCUCACUUGAAGGCUCACAUGGUAUUUGUCUCGACCAACAAACGCCAUAGCUAGUC